UUUUCUUAAUUUCUUAAAAAACACAAAACAUACAUAUACUCUCUCUGUAUCUCUAUCUCUCUCUUAAAAAGAAAACUCUCGAGAUUGGAGCCCCAAACCGCAAACAGGGCCACACUUUAACCACUGUUGAGCAAGCUAGGAGCUUUUUCCAACUUGGGUUCAUUCAGUUUUGGAGUUCUUGAGAGAGAAAAAACCAGAGUUCUAGAGAGAGAGAGAGAGAGUGAGAGAGAUAGAGGGAGGAGAGAUAGGCAUCUGAUGAAGGAGAGAGGAGGCUCUCUUGUCGGAGAGAGCCUGCCAAGCUGCACUAACACCACCGCAACCAAAGAAGAAGACGACGACGAACAACACCUAACCUUAACCCAACCAUCUUUCUAAGCCACCAAACCAAACGUUUCUCACCAUUUUUCUUCCCCCUCUUCCAAAACAGUGAGCUCAAAGCCCACAUCUUUUCUGGGUUUCCUCUGUUGUCACUUGUUUCUGGAGAUUUCCUCCGUUUCGAUCUAUUGGUUUUCUCUACUUUUCUUCACAAAUCUUCUUUAGCUUUUGGGUUUGUUUUGGUGCGUCCGUACAAUGGCGCUGGUAAUGCACCGAGACUCGCCGGGAAGCAGCAGCGGCGGGAGGCAGCAGAUGGAUUCGAGCAAGUACGUUCGGUACACGCCGGAGCAGGUGGAGGCGUUGGAGAGAGUCUACUCAGAGUGCCCAAAGCCCAGCUCCCUGAGAAGGCAGCAGCUCAUCAGAGAGUGCCCCAUUCUCUCCAACAUUGAGCCUAAACAGAUCAAAGUCUGGUUCCAGAACCGCAGAUGCCGAGAGAAGCAGCGGAAGGAAUCUUCUCGACUCCAGACAGUGAACAGAAAGCUGACUGCGAUGAACAAGCUGUUAAUGGAAGAAAAUGACCGCUUACAGAAGCAAGUUUCUCAUUUGGUUUAUGAGAAUGGAUUUAUGAAGCAGCAACUGCAUACCGCAUCAGGAACGACCACAGACAAUAGCUGCGAGUCUGUGGUCAUGAGUGGUCAGCACCAACAACAGCAAAACCCAACUCCCCAGCACCCCCAAAGGGAUGCUAACAACCCAGCUGGUCUUCUUGCAAUAGCAGAAGAGACCUUGGCAGAGUUCCUUUCUAAGGCUACUGGAACUGCUGUCGACUGGGUCCAGAUGAUUGGGAUGAAGCCUGGUCCGGAUUCUAUUGGCAUCGUUGCUGUCUCCCGCAACUGCAGUGGAGUAGCAGCACGAGCUUGCGGUCUUGUGAGCCUAGAGCCCACAAAGGUCGCCGAAAUACUCAAAGAUCGUAAAUCUUGGUUUCGCGAUUGCCGAUGCCUUGAGGUAUUAAGUCUAAUCCCUGCGGGGAAUGGUGGAACAAUUGAGCUCGUAUACAUGCAGACUUAUGCACCCACAACAUUGGCUGCGGCACGUGACUUUUGGACACUAAGAUAUACUACAAGUUUGGAAGACGGCAGUCUUGUGGUAUGCGAGAGGUCAUUGACUUCCUCUACUGGUGGCCCACCUGGGCCAACAUCUGCAAGUUUUGUCAGAGCUGAAAUGCUUCCUAGUGGUUAUCUUAUCCGACCUUGUGAGGGUGGAGGUUCCAUUAUCAACAUUGUGGAUCAUGUUGAUUUAGACGCUUGGAGCGUUCCUGAAGUUCUCAGGUCACUUUAUGAAUCCUCCAAAAUCCUUGCUCAGAAGACGACCAUUUCUGCCCUGCGACACAUAAGACAGAUAGCUCAAGAGUCUAGUGGAGAAAUUCAGCAUGGUGGAGGUCGCCAACCUGCUGUUCUGAGGACAUUUUGUCAGAGGCUGUGUAGUGGGUUUAACGAUGCUGUUAAUGGGUUUGCGGAUGACGGUUGGACACUUAUGGGUAGUGAUGGUGUGGAAGAUGUUACCAUUGCUAUUAACUCAUCUCCGAAAGUGCUUGGUUCCCAGUAUAACACUUCAAUUUUCCCACCUUUUGGAGGAGGGGUGCUGUGUGCCAAGGCAUCAAUGCUGCUGCAGAGUGUUCCCCCUGCUUUGCUUGUUCGUUUCCUGAGGGAGCACCGGGCUGAGUGGGCUGACUAUGGGGUUGAUGCAUACUCUGCUGCAUGUCUUAAAGCUAGUCCAUAUGCAGUUCCUCUUGCAAGAGGUGGUGGCUUUCCGAGCACCCAGAAUAUUUUACCGCUUGCACAAACUGUGGAGCAUGAGGAGUUUUUAGAGGUAGUUCGGCUAGAGGGUCCUGCUUUCUCUCCUGAAGAUGUUGCUUUGACACGGGAUAUGUACUUAUUACAGUUGUGCAGUGGAGUUGAUGAGAAUGCAGUUGGUGCCUGCGCUCAGCUUGUCUUUGCACCUAUUGAUGAAUCAUUUGCUGAUGAUGCUCCUCUGUUGCCCUCCGGUUUUCAUGUCAUACCUUUGGAUCCCAAGGCAGAUGGACCUACUGCAACUCGCACUUUAGAUUUGGCCUCUACGCUUGAAGUAGGAACCAGUGGUGCUCGUGCCAUUAAUGACGCUGAUGGGAAUAGUUACAACCGUAGGUCAGUGCUAACCAUAGCCUUCCAAUUUACCUUUGAGAACCACUUGCGAGACAAUGUGGCUGCAAUGGCUCGCCAGUAUGUGCGUAGUGUUGUAAGCUCUGUUCAGAGGGUAGCUAUGGCUAUUGCCCCAUCCCCGCUCAGCUCCCAAAUAGGACCAAAACCCCUUCCUGGAUGUCCCGAGGCUCAUACUUUGGCACGAUGGAUUUUCAGAAGCUUCAGGAUUCACACUGGGGGAGAGCUCUUUCGAGUCGAUAUCUCAUCUAGUGAUGCUAUUUUGAAGCAACUUUGGCGCCAUUCGGAUGCCAUCAUGUGCUGCUCUGUUAAAACAAAUACGUCGCCAGUGUUCACCUUUGCAAACCAGGCUGGCCUUGACAUGCUCGAAACCACUCUUGUUGCCCUCCAAGACAUCAUGCUCGACAAGAUUCUAGACGAAGCUGGACGAAAAUUUCUCUGCUCGGAGUUCUCCAAAAUCAUGCAACAGGGCUUUGCAUAUCUGCCAGCCGGAAUAUGUGCCUCCAGCAUGGGGAGACCGGUGUCUUACGAGCAAGCUGUUGCAUGGAAAGUUGUUAACGACGACGAUUCCAAUCACUGCCUUGCAUUGAUGUUCAUGAACUGGUCCUUUAUGUGAUUGUGAUGGAUGAUAGAUCUCACAAACACUUUUAAGUUUCGAUUAAGUUAUGUAGUUCCUUUUUAUAUGAGUACUCUUAGAACUUUUGAAGUCAAAGUAGUCAAUAGCAGGAUAUUUCAUGGAGACUUUUCAGAGUGUUUAUAUUUUGGAUCAAUGGAUAUGACUAUGCAGUCUGCUUUAACAUA